CUGUCUGUGUGUGUCAGUUUUUGGACAGCUAUCACCCAAUAAGGUACUUGCUUAACAUCACAUGGCAUAUGACAGCGGCAGCUUUGGGCACCCAGAAUCACCUUUUUUAGCACCCUUAAAUUUUCACCCCUAGCAAGGUCCGAGCAAGGGGUAGCUUGGGUGGCUUGGACGGUAGAGGUGAUAGUAACAGAGACAUCAGAAACAAGGCAGAAACAAACUCAGGAUGUUUUCAAAGAAGAAGCGGGAGCUCAUGAAAACGCCAUCCUUAUCAAAGAAAAGCAGAGCAGGAAGUCCAGCACCACAAAACGAGCUGCCUCGGAAAAUUGCCGCUGACCCAUACACUUCCAAUGAUCCAAAUCCUAAUCCUCCACUUAGUAGCAGUCCAGGUCACACUGGAACUCUCAAGAGACCGACCAGUUUGAGUCGCCAUGCCAGUGCUGCUGGGAUUCCUUUGUCCUCUCCAAGGGGCAAGACCAACAAAUCAAAUAUUGUGCCAAGCCCUCCUGAAAGUGGAGAAGGAAACUUUAUUGAGGUGGAAGAUAUCUCACAGCUCCUUGGUGACGUAGCAAGAUUUGCAGAACGUCUGGAAAAACUGCGGGAUGUGGUAUUAGGAGAGGAGGUGAAGGAGACACGGCGUCCACAGGCUCAUGAGUGCCUUGGAGAGGCAUUAAGACUUCUCCGCCAGGUGAUCAGCAAGUAUCCGCUUCUUAACACUGUGGAAACUUUGACUGCAGCUGGUACCCUGAUCUCAAAGGUCAAGGGUUUUCACUAUGAAGCAAAUAUUGAGAAUGAGAAGAGAGAGUUUGAGAAGGCACUGGAGAGCAUGGCUGUUUGCUUCAGCAGCACGAUUUCAGAGUUCCUUAUGGGAGAGGUGGAUAGUAGCACUUUGUUAUCCUUACCUCCUGGGGACCAGAGUCAGUCCAUGGAAAGUCUGUGUGGAGGUCUUUCUGGAGGUGAAGGAUCUCUCUCCAGCUCAGAGUAUGUGGAUUCAGGAAGCCCAUUUGGAGAGGACGUGGAUGUGAUUUUACAACGCAGUGAGGGCGGUGUCCGAGCAGCUCUUCUGUAUGCAAAAAACAUUUCCAAAUACAUGAAGGACCUUAGCAACUAUAUAGAAAAGAGAACUUUCCUGGAGAUGGAAUAUGCAAAAGGACUCCAGAAGCUAGUAAACACAUACAGAGGACCGCUGACUCAGGAGCAACAUAUGCCGUUCCAGUCCAUCUACUCUGUAGCUCUGGAACAAGAUCUGGACUAUUCACAUGGAGUACUUCAUACAGCCGGAACUCUUCAGCACCAGACUUUCCUUCAGCCUAUGAACAUGAGGCGACUGGAACACGAGAGACGCAGGAAAGAGGUGAAGGAGCAGUGGCAAAGAGCUCAGAGAAAGCUGCUUGAGGCUGAGACGAACCUUCGGAAAGCACGCCAGACAUAUAUGCAACGCAGUGAGGAACAUGAACGAGCACAGUAUACAACAGCACGAGCUGAAGAUGAGCUAAGCCACAGCGGAGCCAAAUCACUCGACAAAAAAAGAAGAGCUGAAGAGGAGGCCAAGAAUCGUGCAGAUGAAGCCAUGGCCACUUACAGGACCUGCAUUGCAGAUGCCAAGACUCAGAAACAAGAGUUGGAAGAUGUGAAAGUGAAUGUCUUGCGUCAGCUACAGGAGCUGAUUAAACAGAGUGACCAGAUCCUGCGCUCGGCUACCAUCUCCUACUAUCAGAGCAUGCACAUGCAAACGGCGCCCCUUCCAGUGGGAUUUCAGACUCUAUGUGAGAGCAGCAAACUGUAUGAUCUAGGUCAGCAGUACGCAUCCUAUGUCCGACAACUUAGUGCUGGAACAGAGACCGAGAUUUCUUAUGACUUCCAACCUUACACACCACAAUUAGCAUGGUCUCCUUGUGUCCGGACACGUAAGUCCAGUUUAACCUCUCAAGACUUUGCGUCUUCAGAAAGCAAAGAGACAAGUGGAGAAGAGCGAGUUGUUGAGAGGAGAGGAGGCAGAGGUCAUCAGGUGCACAAAUCAUGGCCAACUGCUUUUAGUGAAGGAGAUCCAUCUGGAGGCCUUGAUACUCCAGGUUUCCCAGAGAAGCUCAUUCAACCUUUGUCGCCUGCUUCAGACACAGAAAACAAGAGACUGAGCUCGCACCUUGAACAAAGUAUUAAUGGACUCCCUAAAAACAUAGAGGUGCCCAUUUCUAGUGGUCCGUUCCGUAAUGUUGGCUUAUCACGGGCAGCUCGGACUCACCGCUUACGCAAACUGCGGACCCCAAGCAAAUGUCGCGAAUGUAACAGUUAUGUGUACUUCCAAGGUGCAGAGUGUGAAGAGUGUUCCCUUGCCUGUCACAAAAAAUGUCUGGAGACAUUAGCUAUCCAAUGUGGUCAUAAGAAGUUACAGGGCAAAUUGCUGCUAUUUGGCAGAGACUUUGCAGAAGCAGCUCUUCGGUCACCAGAUCAUAUCCCUUUCCUCGUCCAAAAAUGUGUAUCUGAGAUAGAAGGACGCGCAUUGACUAUGAAGGGUAUCUAUCGAGUGAACGGUGUGAAGACCCGUGUUGAGAAGCUGUGUCAAGCAUUCGAGAAUGGGAAGGAGUUAGUUGAACUUUCCCAGGCAUCUCCACAUGAUCUGAGCAACGUCCUUAAGCUUUACCUGCGACAGCUGCCGGAGCCCUUGAUGCCAUUCCGUAUGUAUAACGGUCUAAUGGGACUGGCAAAGGAGAGUUUGCGUGGAACUGAUGGUGGAAAAGGGCCAAAACUGGAGGACAAAGGACCAGACACUGAGCCAGAAGUUUUGGCCUUAGUGAUGCGACUUAAAGAGUUGCUGCAAGACCUGCCCACAGAGAACAGGACCACUCUACAGUACUUAAUGCAGCAUUUGUGCAGAGUUUCUGAACAAGAGCAUUUGAACAAGAUGAGUCCCAGUAACCUAGGCAUUGUUUUUGGUCCCGCACUGAUGAGGCCACGGCCGACAGAUGCCACUGUAUCUCUGUCCUCUCUCGUGGAUUAUCCUCACCAAGCUCGCAUUGUGGAGGCCCUUGUAAUUUUCUAUGAUACUAUUUUCCAGAAUCCCACCACAGGAUUGGAGAAGUCACAGUCAGUCAGUGAUGAAAACAUCAGCGUUCCUGGACUUCAGGUUACAGCUGAAGAAGAGUCAUCGGAGCUGGCAGCGGAUUACCAGAUAACGGCAUUCAGAGAUCAGACUGCAUCUUCUCAGGACUCUGACUCUGAAUCAGAUGGUGGAGAGGAUCUCACAGAGCCAUGGGAACCAACACACACCAGGGGACAUCUCACAAAGCAAGCAAGUGAAACAAGUGCUGAUGACAUUCCUUAUAUUGGGACAGACGGCCAUUCAGAAUCUGAAGAAGAUGGUCAAAGUCGAGGAAGCCUAGCAGAGAAUAACACCAACCAGUCCAACAAUGUCCUCUUGACCAAACAAUGCCAGAUACCUCCAGUACGCUGCCACCGGCCUCUGCCCAUCAUCCGUAUGCUGCAAACAAGAAUUGCAAUGAGCUCUGCUGAUCGCUGCCCUCAGUUUGUUUAAUAAACUUAUAUAAACACGACCAAUUCCUGCAGCUUCUGCGAACACCUUAAAGUGGCUCAGUCACUUUGCUGAUUUUCACUUAAUGAAUCCUUUCUCCUUUUUUGUUUGUAAAUCCACCUUUUCUUCCCAGUUGUACCGAAAAUAAAGUAGAGAUUACUUUUCCUUAUGGGGAGAGUGAUCUUUGUCAAUGGGCAGCGCUUAAACAAAGAUCAAUUGCAGUUGCUAAAUUAAUUUAGCAACAAUCCAUCAGUCAAAAGAAUCCCAAGGAAGAGCAAACUGCAGAGCUCAUGGACAGAGGAGAACGAGGCGCCCAGGUAUUAUGAUAAGGCGCAAGGAAGAAAAGAUAAGAAAUAAAUGCAAGUAGCAGUGAGGGGAGUAUAAUCAUUAAGAUUCAAGGGGCAUAAGGAAAGGAAAACCGAAAGGAAAAAAAGCCAAAACACAUGACAGAGCUGCUUUGAUAGUCCCUUCCUGUUCAUUUUCCCUAUCCUCAUUUGCAGGAUUGCAUGAUUAUUCCUGAUGAAUGAAAAACCAACAGCACUUUGUUUUCAUUGUGGAGGAGUAGGAAGGCUGUCUUCACAUCCCCCUUUCGUAAAUGUGGCAGAAUAGAAUGUGAGAUGAGAUUGAGUGGAAUGUUCUAAGACAUGAGCUUUUAAGUGUGAUGUGUA